AUGGAACGGCUAUGGCGCAUCGAUCAUGUGGAGCCUCCUGAGAUCACACUUACGCCAGAGCAGCGAAACUGUGAGGAGUUCUACACCAAAACGACGACGUCCCAGAAAUCGCUUAACGACAUUCUGAUGGUCGGGCCGACCAUUCAGCCAGAUCUUUAUACACUACUCCUGCGUUUUCGGAUACAUCGCUAUGCUAUCACUGCUGAUGAGGUCAAGAUGUUCCGCCAAGUCAACAUGUUUGCCGAGGAUCGCAGAUUCCAAUACAUUCUUUGGAGAGCGUCGCCAUCGCAACCAUUGAGCACCUUCGAAUUGAAUACUGUAACUUAUGUCACAGCGGCUGCACCGUAUCUAGCCAUACGCAGUUUGUCAUAUCUAGCCGACAAAUUCAUGGACAAAUUGGAGAUUGGAGCUAAAGCCAUCAAAUCGUCUUUCUAUGUGGAUGACUUCCUAGGUGGAGCGGAUACGGUUACAGAUGGCUUCCAAAUGCUAAAGGUCGGAGGGCACCUGGAGCUUGCAGGCUACCCAGAAUCCCAAAAGCAUCCUGUGCUGCUCCCAGCUAAGGAUCCAUUUGUGUCACAGUUCGCUCGCCAUCUUCAUCUACAGAACUAUCACGCCGGGCCACGGACGCUCGUCGCUUUAAUUAGAAAACAGUUCUGGAUAGUGAAUGCAAGGGACUUGGCGCGACAAGUCGUUCACUCAUGUAUACAUUGUCGCCGCUAUCGACCAACUCUCGAAAGGCAGCUAAUGGGCGAACUGCCUAAAGAGCGGAUCAUACAAUCUAGACCAUUUUUAAGAUGCGGAAUAGACUUUUGCGGACCAAUCAACGUCUAUUUGCGCAUCCGGGGUAAGCCGCCUACCAAGGCCUACCUAGCCGUCUUCGUUUGCUUUGCCACGAAGGCGAUACAUGUCGAAGUGGUAUCGGAUCUCACGACGGAUAGCUUCAUUGCAUCACUAAAGCGUUUUAUUGCCCGACGCGGACUUCCCUCGGACAUAUUCUGUGACAACGCUACAAAUUUCGCAGGAGCUAACAACAAGCUCGAAUCGUUGAAGCAGUUUCUGUUUAAAGACGAAACAACAAAAACAAUCCACUAUUUCUGUCGCUCAGAGUUCAUUAACUUCCACUUUAUUCCACCCAGGGCUCCACACUUCGGAGGCAUAUGGGAAGCUGCAGUAAAAAGUGUCAAGGGACUACUCAAUCGCACUCUUCGAGACACCAGGUUAACCUUCGAGGAGUUAGCCACUGCAGCUGCUGACGUCGAGGCGAUCCUGAACUCUCGCCCGUUAACGCCGCUCUCAUCAGACCCAAAGGACCUGGCCGCUCUCACGCCUGGCCACUUCUUAGUGGGUGACGCACUCCGAGCACUACCGGAACUUCCACCAAUCGACGACAACCUGGACAAGUUGGAUCGAUGGAAAAGGGUCAGCGCACUCAAACAUCACAUCUGGAGUCGCUGGAGCCACGAGUACAUCAACGAGCUCCAAGUUCGCACAACCUGGACGAAGACUUCACCAAAUUUGGCUGUCAACGACAUGGUCAUCGUUCACGAGGAUAAUCUUCCCCCACAACGGUGGCUUCUUGGGCGCAUAGUCAGCACGAUUGCAGGAGCGGACAACAUCGUGCGUGUAGCCGACGUACGCACUGCCAAGGGAAUCAUCCGCCGCCCUAUACGGAAACUACUUUCAAGGGGGCCGCUGUUGCGCUAG